AUGUUGAAGUUCUUGUCGAAGGUGAGAAUCGAGUUCAACGCGCUGGACCCACGAAUAGCCUCUUGCAUGGAGUUCUUGGCGCAGUGCAAUGCUCGCAAGGCCAAGGAAUCAAACCCGUCUUGCCAGGUCCAGGUCAAGCGCCGCACGGACGAUUAUCCGCCGAAGAUUACUGUUACCUUUGUCAACGGCGUUGAGGAAACCUUUGAUGCUACCUCAACCCCGGCCCAGACAAUUCGCACCUUGAUUCUUGACAAGGGUAGUCUCCUCGAGACGGAGCAGAUGUUUCGCGAAGCCGGUGAGCAAUGGCCUGUUAUUGUACCUGAAGAAGAACUUCGCCAACCGUUUACCGGAAUUAAGGUGAGAAUCGAGUUCAACGCGCUGGACCCACGAAUAGCCUCUUGCAUGGAGUUCUUGGCGCAGUGCAAUGCUCGCAAGGCCAAGGAAUCAAACCCGUCUUGCCAGGUCCAGGUCAAGCGCCGCACGGACGAUUAUCCGCCGAAGAUUACUGUUACCUUUGUCAACGGCGUUGAGGAAACCUUUGAUGCUACCUCAACCCCGGCCCAGACAAUUCGCACCUUGAUUCUUGACAAGGGUAGUCUCCUCGAGACGGAGCAGAUGUUUCGCGAUGCCGGUGAGCAAUGGCCUGUUAUUGUACCUGAAGAAGAACUUCGCCAACCGUUUACCGGAAUUAAGCCAAGGAAAGCAGAAGAGAAGAAGCAGUGA